GGUCUUCAUCAGUGGCCUGCACUGUUCAACCCCUUGUGGGUACCCAUGGGAUUAGCAUUGAACUUUUCUGUUUUGUGACCCCCUGCUGUCCCCGAACAUGUAUACCUGUGCAAAAUUCGUCUCGGCUCCUGCCCUAGUGAGGAACAGCUCAAGGCUGCUGUGCAGACCAGUCUCUGCCUCCCUGCUGAGCAGGCCCGAAGCCAGGACAGAUGAGCUCGGCUCCACCCCAGCACCCCAGAAUGCCCUCCUCCAAGCCGUGCGCCGGGAGGUCCACACCAGCGCCAUCUCCCGGGACAUUGACACCGCGGCGAAGUUCAUCGGUGCUGGUGCUGCCACCGUUGGGGUAGCCGGCUCUGGUGCUGGCAUUGGAACCGUAUUCGGCAGCCUCAUUAUUGGCUAUGCCAGAAACCCUUCCCUGAAACAGCAGCUGUUCUCCUACGCCAUCCUGGGCUUUGCACUCUCCGAGGCCAUGGGGCUCUUCUGCCUGAUGGUGGCUUUCCUCAUCCUCUUCGCCAUGUGAUGGAGCCAGCUUCCUGCUGUGUGUUCCUCCUGUGUCUAGUCUAUCGUGAGCGGCUGUGAAUGUCCUAAUGCAGGUGGGGGUAUCCCUGCCUCCUAACCAAAUCUGCCUGGCCUGGCCCUGACUGAGGGAAGGUGAAUAAAUACUGUAUUGAUCUACAGAA